GCACAGCCAGAAAAGCAGAGUCAAAGCCAUGACAAAUCCCAAUGGUGUCUGGCACACUGUCGCCUCCAGCUUCCCCAGGCCAUAGGGAUGGGCUGGAGCACGCCAUGACCCAGCACUUGUCACACCUCCAGCCCUGGGCUGGCUGACCCAGGAGCAGACAGGUGUCGGGACGAGAAGGAGCCAGCGCCUUCGUUCCCAUCUCCCACAGGUCCCUGCACUUUGCCGCGGUGAUGCCGGAUCUGCCUUUCCUGCCUUUCUGUGCCUUGCUGGGCAGCCUGGGGCUGGGCUGCGUGGCCUUUGUUGGUGCGUGGUGCCAGCACUGGCGCGGUGGCUUCGCCUGGGAUGGCAGCGCCCGCAUGUUCAACUGGCACCCGGUGCUGAUGGUGACGGGCAUGGUGGUGCUGUAUGGAGCAGCGGCUCUGGUGUAUCGCCUGCCCCCUGCCUGGCGUGGCCCCAAGCUGCCCUGGAAGAUACUGCACAGCACGCUGGCACUGACAGCUUUCAUCCUUGCUGUGCUGGGACUGGUGGCUGUCUUUAACUUCCACAAUGCAAGCGGGACGCCCAACAUGUACUCGUUGCACAGCUGGCUGGGGCUGGCCACCAUACUGCUCUUCUCCUGCCAGUGGGUGGCCGGCUUCUGUGCUUUCCUGCUGCCCUAUGCACCCAUCUGGAUCCGCGCCCUCUACAAGCCCGUCCAUGUCUUCUUCGGCUCCACCAUCCUUAUGCUCUCCAUGGCUUCCUGCGUGUCAGGCAUCAAUGAGAAGCUCUUUUUCAGCCUCCUCUGCUUGGUGCUGAGCACUGACAUCUCUGAGAUCCCUCCUGUUGCUGCUGGCCCCAGGCUCUCUGACCCCAGCUCUGAUCCCCCAAGCCUGGACUGCUAUCUGUGCCAAAGCCCCAGCCCUGCAGUGCCAUCCUGGGAACUCUGUCAGGUCAGAAGCUGCCAGAGGAGCUUUCCGUGCCAAGAGACCUGGCCCAGGACGGGCUGCCCGAGCUCCGUCUCCUCUGCAGGAACAGCAGGAGCCUUUGAACCAUGCCUUGCCUGUUGCGGGGAUGCUUGUGUGGAAGUAGGACCAACCCAGCAGUCCAGUGGACACCUAAUAAACUGCUGGCUUCCUUCCUCAGUGCUCCUGUGCGUCUUCUGGGGCUGCCCCACCAGUUCCUCAGCCCUUAGGGCCACCACGUGUUCCCCAUCUCAUGCUGCAACCCCUAGUUCCUGUUUUGUCUCUUGACUUUGACUGGAGCCUCCUCCAGACCCCGUGCCUGCAGCCACAUGAACCCCAUGGUUUCCCCACCCAGCACCCAGCCACGGGUCAGUGGUAAAGGCACGCGGAUAGCCCAGCUGCUUCCUUCCUCCAUGGCUCUGUUUGGCAUGGGGAUGCAUCCCCGAAGGGCCAGUUGCCUCCCAUUCCCCACAUCCCACCUCCACGUCCCUCUCUGUGUGAGAAUGGAUGCUGAAGCUGGACCGCAAAGGUUUAUUGGGGGAACACAGGGUGUGCUGACACCUCUGCCAUCACUACCAUGGCCUUGGGGAGCUGCAGGGGGAUAGCUCAGUCCUGCAACCCCUCCAGCACAGCUCGCAGCACUGCUGCCGCUGCCACAGCCCCAGGAUCAGGCUGCAGCAGCUGGGCUGAGCUGAUGUAGCUGGCUCUGCCUGCACCAGCCUCCAUGUGCCGAGUAGACUCUGCUGCUGCCUCUGCACUCUGAUGAGAAACACAGGUGUGCUCAGCACAUGGCUGGGACAAACAAGGCAGCCCCAGAUGUCACCUGGGUGCCACUCAUCUUAAGACUCCAUCUCCAUACCUCCACAGCAGAGGUCAACACUGUCAGCAGGUCGGCUCCGGGGCUGCGGAGGGCAUGCAGUGCCUGUGCUGCUGCAUGCAGUGCAUCCAGCUGGGAGACACAAGCAGGAGAUGAGCACAGGGACCCACACCAGAGACUCUGUCCAUCAGCCCCACAGCACUCACCAUCGUCCUGUCGCCUGGGGCUGCUCCUCCGUACCUGCACAGGGAGCAGAGGGCUUGACAAAGUCCCACUCAGAGGGUACCAGGGGGAUCCAUUGCACUCACCGCUGCAUGGCUUCAAUACCAGCAUCCACAGCGUCAGCCCACACUGGAAGGUCACUGCGGUUGUGCAGGGGGUGGGCGGCUGCUGUCAGGAACAGCCCA